AUGGCCCCUCGGCCGUCGUCCUACCUCAUAAUCGGAUCCGGCGUCUUUGGCGCCUCAACGGCCUACCACCUGAUCCGCCGUUAUCCGGACGCCUCCAUAACGCUCGUGGACCGAGAUGCCUUCGACGCCACCAGCCGAGUUGCCGCAUCUUGGGAUUGGAAUAAGGUGGUUAGAGCCGAUUAUGCUGAUAUCAAGUACUGCGAACUUGCGCUUGAAGCUCAGGAUGUCUGGAGGACUGAUCCGCUGUGGAAGCCCUUCUUUCAUCAAAGUGGCAUCUACUGGAUCAGCCAUACCCAGUUCGCUCAAAAGGUUAUAGACAAUUAUGCGAAACUUGGCCGCCAAGCCGACCUGUACAGCCUGCCUGUUGAAGAAGCGCGGAAGCUAUACGGCGGCAUUUUCGACGAGGCUGACUACACCGACGUCAAAGAGGUGCUGAUCAACAACACCAGCGGCUGGGCGGAUGCUAGGGAUGCCCUGAAAAAGGUGAUCGAGACUUCGAUCGAGAAAGGAGUCAAGUACGUCGUCGCGGAAGUGAAAGCGCUGAAAGUGGACGAUCAUGGCAUCUGUCACGGCGUAACUACAGCGGAUGGAAAUAUAUUGGAAGCAACCCACACGAUUCUCUCCACAGGCUCCUUCACGACGAAACUGCUGGAAGCGAGCGCAAAGGUAAGCGGCGUCAAGGACCUCCGAGCUGGAGAUCGUAUCAUCUCCGCCGGAGUCACUACUGGCCUCACCCGGCUGAGCGAUGAGGACUUGGGAAAAUUAUCCGGGAUGCCGGUGUGUAUUCAAGAGAAUCCACCAGAAAGAGGGGCAAGCAAUGGCACGUUGCCUCCGAAUAGGGACUCGCAAGUGAAGUGGUGGGGACAAUGUAUUUUCAAGAAUACCCAAGAGGUCCUGAAAGAUAGGUUCGUAUCAGCGCCUCCGGAUGAGCCAGAUUAUGCCGAAUGGAAGGUCCCAGAUUCAUUAAAGGAUGAUGUAAACUUCGCCAACAAAGCAACAUUCGGCGAAAAGGGCGAACUGUGGAACUUGGAACAGUAUCGCAUCUGCUGGGAGGCUUUAACACCCAGUGAGGACUUCAUCAUCUCACCACACUCGGCAGCUAGUCAGCUCUAUGUUGCCACAUGCGGUUCGUUUCACGGGUGGAAAUUCUUUCCAAUCCUAGGCAAGUACGUGCUGCAGAUGCUGGACGGGAAAUUGGCUCCAGACCUGAAAGGCAGAUGGGCCUGGGAUCGCGAGUUGCCAGACCCUUCGGAUCUGGUAGUGUGGCCACGAAAAGAGCUUGAGGACAUGUGA